GGAAUCUUGGUCAAGUUCAUACCACACACCACACCAUAACUGUCUUACAUCCCCUUAUACUUAUAUACCGUGUAGGUGGCAGUACUGAAAAAGAGCUUUUCAUAAGUUUGAAGUCAUGCUACUGUCGUUCCUCCGUACGGCUCAGCGCAGCGCAGUCUCAAAACGAAGCUUGCCUGUGCUCACAACCGUUGCCAGCCGUAGCUAUGUGCGUCUUGCCACUUCUGGCCGCUUACCUGGCGAUAAUUUGUUGAAGCUACCGAAGGCAAUGAUGCAGGAGACAGGGCAUGCUAUCCAAGAUGACGGUGUCGAAGUUGAAGAUUACCUUGAUGGAUUCGAAGUGGCCCAAUACACCAUGAAUUUUGGACCUCAGCAUCCAGCCGCGCACGGAGUGUUGCGCUUGGUUCUUGAGUUGGAAGGUGAACAAGUUCACAGAGCGGAUCCGCAUGUUGGACUUCUGCACAGAGGCACAGAGAAACUCAUUGAGUACAAAACCUACACCCAGGCGCUUCCAUACUUUGACCGAUUGGACUACGUGUCUAUGAUGUGCAACGAACAAGCCUAUUCCUUGGCCACAGAAAAGCUCUUGCACUUGGAGGUGCCCAUUCGUGCCAAAUACAUUCGAACAUUGUUCGGUGAAUUCACUCGACUGUUGAAUCACAUCAUGUCCGUGACUACACAUGCUCUGGACGUUGGAGCUCUGACACCUUUCCUCUGGCUGUUUGAAGAGAGAGAGAAAAUGAUGGAAUUUUACGAACGCGUGAGCGGUGCGCGUCUCCACGCAGCAUACGUACGGCCAGGAGGCGUGGCUUACGAUCUACCCCACGGCAUUCUCGAAGACAUGCACCAGUUCAUCAACAACUUCAGUGUCCGUAUUGAUGAGGUCGAAGAUCUACUCACCGGCAAUCGUAUCUGGAAGCAGCGUUUGGUAGACAUUGCUGUUGUGGACUCCGAGAGAGCACUGAACUAUGGUUUCUCGGGCCCUAUGCUUCGUGGUUCUGGAAUCGCGUGGGACAUACGAAAGACUCAGCCAUACGAUGCCUAUGAUAAGGUCGAAUUCGACAUCCCAGUGGGUGUAAACGGUGAUUGUUACGAUCGUUAUCUUUGCCGGGUUGAAGAAAUGCGCCAAUCUAUCCGCAUCAUUCAGCAAUGUAUCAAUCAAAUGCCCGAGGGUGAGAUCAAGGUUGAUGAUGCUAAGAUCUGUCCACCUAAGCGUGCGGAUAUGAAGCAAAGCAUGGAGUCUUUGAUUCAUCAUUUCAAGCUCUUUACCGAGGGCUACAGUGUACCCGCUGGGGCUACAUACGUUGGCGUUGAGGCGCCGAAGGGAGAAUUCGGCACGUACCUCGUCUCUGACGGCUCAAGUAAGCCUUAUCGCUGCAAGAUUAAGGCACCUGGAUUCGUUCAUCUGUCCUCUCUGGACAUGAUGGUUGCGGACCAUAUGAUGGCAGACGUGGUUGCUGUAAUAGGAACGCAAGAUGUGGUGUUCGGGGAAAUCGAUCGCUAAAUUCAACCAAGAUGAGCUUUUUGUUACAAAUUCUCUUUGUGUACUUCGGGUGUAGAGUACGAAUUUCUUUACAGUAGCAGUUGCGAAGAAAUAAAAAAAUUCGAUAUUUGCUC